AUGUCUCAUGCCGCCGCCGCCGCCGCCGCCAGGUCGCGCCGCGUCGUCGCGGUGCUCGCCGUCGCCCUCUUCCUGGCCUGCUGCUUGCACCCCGCCGCCUCCUCCUCUUCCCGGAGAGCAGCGGCGGCGUCAUUGCAACGAGUGGAGAUGGCGGCCAUGUACGCCCCGCAGGACCUGCAGGAGAAGCCGGAUGUGACCAAGGACGCGGAGGAGGACGUGAGCACGACGGGGUUCGGCGCGGAGGAGGAGCGGGAGGUGCCCACCGGCCCGGACCCCAUCCACCACCACGCCAGGGGCCCCCGGCGCCGCCAGUCGCCGUGA